UUGUGCUUCAUUCUGAUGCUGGGCUGUUGAGUACAGAUAGCUGUGCUUCCACAAGCAUGCUAUAUUCCUGUGUCUCUUUAGCUGUUCAUUUGGAAAAUGGCUAAUGCAUGAAAGAUGAAAAAUGUUUGUGAAGAAAACAGAUUCCUGCACUCCAGAUACAGAUGUCUCCAUACCCUUUCUCUUAGGCAACUGGAAAUAAUCAUUCAAACCACAUCAUUGCACUCAGGUGUAACAACUGACUCUCCUAUAAGCUUCUGUAACUUUAAAAUCCACCUAUACGUUAAGCUUCUUUUCCUAUAGUUGGUUUUCAGUCUUUAAUUGCACUUCUUGAAACACUAAAACAACUUUCGUCUCUGUUUCUUUCUAUUUAUUUGACAUUCUACUCCUCCUUCUCAAGGGCUUUACCUUGGCAGGCUGCACACAAGCUGACUUUCAGCUCAUGUCAGGUAACCACAGGGACAGACAUUUGGAUGGAUUUUACUAGAUUUAUUCAUGACUUGUUGCCAUUACCUGUGUCUGAGCCACAUUUCCCACAGGCUACAACAUUGUCUCCUGUUGCUUUCCUUCAUCUGUUCUAAGUACUGCCUGUUUGUUUUUUUUUGUUUGUUUGUUUGUUUUUGUGUGUGUGCAGCAUUCUAAUUCCUGAUGGUGACAAGGCUUCAGGAUUCAACUCUAUUACCUUUUCCUUCAUGGAAAUAAGAUGAAGAAGUGUAUUACCUGGGAUAAAAUUAUUUUCUUUAGGAAAAUUUAUCACGAUAAUCAAGUCUUUGGCCUCCUUGCCCUAUUUUUGGUCAUUGGAUGGACUCCAUUCCUUAAAAAUUACAGCAGGCUUAGCCAGUAAAAUGCAGCCUUGCAACGCCAUGUCUUGCAAGUGGACAGCUGAGGCACAGAAAAGUUACCGAUGCAUAGGAGGUCUGAGAGAGAGAAGCAGGAGGGGAGAAAUAUUCCCUUGCUUCCAAGUCCCUUCUCUAUCUUGCCAGAUACACAAAGCAAAGCAACUUUAUGCCACAGAAGAGGCAAAAUUAAAUCACAGCAAAUCACAGUCUGAAAAAUAAAAACCCAUCAGUUCAACUCAGGAAAUUCUGCAAGACUGGUAGUACAGUGCUGUAAGGUUGCUAAUACAAAAUCAGUAUUAAAAUAUUAUUCUGAAAAGUUAAGAAGGAAGAUAGAUCUCUUGUAGCCCCUCUGCUUGCCUGUUGCUACUGGAAGCUCGCGCAGCAACCAAGUCUGCAGUACCGUGUGAUGUUUCAGAGAGGCUCAGAAUCAGCAACCCCUCGACUUUCUGCAGCGCCGAGUCCCAUUGGCUGGAAGGCAAAGCAGAGGCGGAGAGUGCCGAGUAUUUUUCUCCACACACCAUGAAGCAGGCAGCCAGCAUGCACUGCCUGACAGCGAGACUGGUGCUUGGAGUUUGAAAUUAGUUUCUGCUCGGCAGCAGUCACUUGAGCAUUUUACAUUCACCUCUCAAUGGAAGGGUUAAAAAAAAGACCUGCAGCAUAACAGUGAACUAAGCAAGAUAUGAACUUAGAGGAGAAUCUGAUACAAACUUCCAGACUGUUGGGACUCAGUGAUACAGAUCACCGAGAUGAAUGCGAUGAUGAUCAGAAUCUGCAUCUGUGAGAGAGCAAACCAGCAUUUCUGAGUUUGACACCGUAUUUUACAACAGCAGACGAAGUGCUCUGAACUACUGUCUGCCUCGGUGCUGCCUUAUUUUUCUUUUCCUCCCAAACUGAAAAGCAAAAGGAGGAUUUCAGAGGAAUGCAAAAAGGACAGUUUUAAAAGCAGGAAGCUGAAAGGGGUUCUCCUUAAGAUGAAUUUCACCCAGCAUCGUGGGACACUCCAGCCUCUCCAUUUCUGGAAUCACAGUAAUGGACUGCACGGGGGUGCCAGCGAGCCCAGUGCAAAGGGCCACUCCUCAGGAGGCUGCUAUGAACAACUCUUUGUAUCCCCUGAAGUGUUUGUGACUCUGGGCAUCAUCAGCUUGCUGGAGAACGUCUUGGUCAUUGUGGCAAUAGCCAAGAACAAGAACCUCCAUUCGCCCAUGUACUUCUUCAUCUGUAGCUUGGCAGUGGCUGAUAUGCUAGUGAGUGUAUCUAAUGGAUCAGAAACUAUUGUCAUCACGCUGCUAAACAAUACAGACACAGACGCACAGAGCUUUACCAUAAACAUUGACAAUGUUAUUGAUUCAGUGAUUUGCAGUUCCCUGCUUGCAUCAAUUUGCAGUCUCCUCUCAAUAGCAGUGGACAGGUAUUUUACUAUCUUUUAUGCCCUCCAGUACCAUAAUAUCAUGACGGUCAAGCGUGUAGGGGUCAUCAUCACAUGCAUCUGGGCUGCUUGCACUGUCUCAGGCAUUUUGUUCAUCAUUUACUCUGACAGCAGUGUUGUCAUCAUCUGCCUUAUCAGCAUGUUCUUCACCAUGCUCAUUCUCAUGGCAUCCCGCUAUGUUCACAUGUUCAUGAUGGCUCGGAUGCAUAUCAAGAAGAUAGCAGUUCUUCCAGGGACUGGCCCCAUUCGCCAAGGGGCCAACAUGAAAGGGGCCAUCACUCUCACUAUACUGAUUGGAGUUUUUGUUGUGUGCUGGGCCCCGUUUUUCCUGCACCUCAUUUUCUACAUCUCCUGUCCCUACAACCCUUACUGUGUGUGCUUCAUGUCCCACUUUAACUUCUACCUCAUCCUCAUCAUGUGCAAUUCCAUCAUUGAUCCACUUAUCUAUGCAUUCCGGAGUCAGGAGCUCAGGAAAACAUUCAAAGAAAUUAUCUGCUGCUGUAGCUUGAGAGGGCUUUGUGAUUUGCCUGGCAAAUAUUAGACUGAAGUGGAUACGUUACUGUGUACUCAGCAUACAGCACAGUUUUCUGAGCCAUUAGAAUCUCUUUUUUCAUCAGAACUCGGGUUACAUGUUUAAGAGCUAACACCUCUUUCUCUCUCUCUUCCCUCUCAUCUUUGUAUUCCAUUCAUGUGUAAUUCAUAUUUCUGUGCAGUGUUUGUGAUGUCUACAGUUUGUAGUUUGUUUGGCUGGGAAGAGAAAAAAAAGUAGCACUUCAAAGCAGUUUGUAAGUGAGUAAAUAAAUGUAAUGUUGAUUGUGAAAUACUAAC